UUUAGUAUUUAAACCACAACGGAUCGAGUCUCUUAGCGCAUUAUACCGACCAAUUCAAAAGCUUGUUUUUUUUUUCAUAUUAAUUAAAAAUUUACUUUUGUGUCUUACAAAAUGUAUACUGAUAUACCACAAUUCACAAGAUGUUGUUUUUGUGCUCCAUUGAGAAUAGGCCUCAUGUCUUGGGGUUACAUUAAGUUGAUACUGUCACUUGUAUUAUGGGGAUUUGUCAUCAAUGGAUUUGUAGAAAUAAGUGUCCGUUCUUUGUCGACCCCGGUGGGGCUCAUACUAUUUGUCAUUGCACAAAUAAUUGAUAAUAUAUUUACAGUAAUUCUAGUGGUGGCAGCUCAUAAGAAACACGAUAAGCUUUUCUAUGUAUACUUUAUUUAUUCUAUAGUCUUCUUGGUAUUUCUUGUAAUGAUCUGUGGACUACAUAUAGUACAAAUGUUUAUGAGUGCAAUGUCUUACCCUCAUCCGUACGUUGUGCAAAUUUUAAUAUUGGUCAUCGCAUCAUCAAUUACAUUAUUAAUGGAGCAAGUAUAUAUAAUUCUGCUAGUCCGGUCCGAGUUGUACAAGUUACGAGACCGCACGAAUAUCCAGUUCAGCAACCAUGCAGGAGAAGCCGAGUGCAGCGCGUAUGUGGAGAAAAAACAUUCAACGACUUCAGACGACCCCACCCUGUCGACUAUAUGUUAUGAAAACCAAAUAACAGAAGCAAUACUUUUAUUUUAUGUACUAGUGAACGCAUGGGAGUUCCUUACAAGAAACUUCUAUCUAACCAUCUCUUUGACGGUGUUAUUAGUAGACCUCAGUUUCAGUAUAGUACUUGUAAUAGCAACUCAUAAGAAACACGAAAGACUAUUCAAAUUCUAUUACAUAUACACUAAGGUCAUAAUGGGGAUGAUGUUAUGCUGUUUUAUUAUAGAUUUAGUGUUUACCGCCCUAUUUUUGUACACUAAUGGAACGUAUGCUGUUCUCUUCUUAGAUGUCGCUGUAACUAAUUUUGUGGCGACGUUUGGUAUAUUAUUAUUACAAGCAUACAUAACUUUGUUGGUGCGAUCCGAGCUGGUCAAACUACAAGACAAGUCCAACAUUCAGUUCUUCAACCACACCUGCCAUCCUGAAGAACCAUGCACUGCUGUCAUCAACAUAACAUAGUCUGCCCUUUCAAAGACAUGCCCCCUUACUCACGAACGGAUCGAAUCAUGUCUUUAAGGUUAACCGUAGAGUAAAAAAGAUAAAACAUACCUAUUUUAUCAACGCUCGUGAAUCGACCCUUUGUUCCAUUUUUAAAUACCUACUACUAAAUAUUUUGAAAAGUGGAUGAAAUGAACAUUGAACACUACAAUUUAUUUAAUAACAAAAUCAUAACUGUUGUCAGCCCACUAACAACCUGUCGUGUCACAGCUUACCUAUUAAGUACUUAAUAACAAAGAUGAUUACAAACUAAAAUUAUGUUUACAAAUUGUACAGUCCCUGAAUAGCAUCAACAUGAGUGUGCCCAGAAGCCUGGCAGCAUUGCUAUUUUGAAUAUUACUGGCAAAUUGUUAAUCAUUCCCAAUAUUGUUUAAUGUCAAAUGUUCAAAUCCCAAUCUUUUGUUUCUGGGAAAUAAAUUAAAGUUUCGUUGUACAUGUAUGAUCUCAUGUAAUAAAAUACUAAAUAAUAGAAAUACCUUAUACUAUACAUAUAAGUAUAUUUUUUAUAAGUUUUCUCGCUCCAACAGAGGAAUAGGUAUGUUCCAUAAAAUACAUACGUAAGUACAAGUACAAGUGUACAAAAAAAGGAAGACUUAAAAUAAAUGUGCUGUGUGGUUCCCGGCACCAAUAUAAAAAAGAAUAGGACCAUUCCAUCUCGUUCCCAUGGAUGUCGUAAAAGGCGACUAAGGGAUAGGCUUAUAAACUUGGGAUUCUUCUUUUAGGCGAUGGGCUAGCAACCUGUCACUAUUUGAAUCUUAAUUCUAUCUUAAAGCCAAAUAGCUGAACGUGGCCUAUCAGUCUUUUCAAGACUCUUGGCUCUGUCUAGCCUGCAACGGAUAUGGACGUGACUAUAUGUAUGUAUGUAUGUAUGUAUGUAUGUAAAAUCAAAAAUUCGUCGUUACAUUUAUUUCCCUUUUUCAUUCUUAUAUGCUUAAGUUAUCUAUACUAUAUCUACUAAUCUCAAUUUUACUGCUUUAUUUUUUGUCAUUUCAUUUUUCAGUAUUGAGGUAGGUAUCACCAAACUUUUAUCUUUUUAGGCUGGUAAAGAAUUAUAUACUUUUUGUCUAAUUAUCAUGCUGUUCCAGAAAUACAGAUAAUUUAUUUAUAAUGUAGGUAUUUACUUAUAAGAUCAUGUCCGCAGAUCCGCCUGUGUAUAUAUUUUCUUUUGCCAUGUUCAUUUCAGAUAAAUUUUCUUUCUUAGCGCUCCCCUAGGUACUUCUAAUUUGAACUUACUACGGCCAGCAUGUCUGCAUAUGCA